CUUGAUUGUGGUCAGACACAAGAGAAUGUCAUUGAUGGAGUCUUGGUUAUUGAUCCCUACCUAACCGCCCUUUGAGCAAAUAUCCACCUUUUAAAUUAGAUUUGUUGAGGCAAUUUCACUCUCAUUCUUGUUAACGUGUUAUGAACCAUAAAUUUUCGUAAGUGAUAUAAAGGUAUCCCGCUACAAUAGGAUUUCUUUCUUGGUCCCGUCCCGUCCCCCCCCCCCCCCACAUCUUCCUUACGGAUGAACAGAUACAGAUAUUGUGUGUAUCAAGUCCCAGCUACAGAUCAGUGUAAUUUUGUAAUCUGAUUUUGAAAUUUGUGAGAAUCAAUGCACUGGUUUUAGUUAUACUAUAACUCACAGUGACGAUCUACAGAUUGUGUAACUUUAGACAAUGAAAGGGCAUAUAGAACAUAGGAUGAUGUUUACAUUAUUAAUUAUGCGGUACCCCUGUGAUUUGCUUUCAUUUUAUGACAUCGGUUGUCAGUAUUUAUAGUUAUUGAGGUUUUGCAUGUGAGAUAAAGGCAUUAAAAACAUAACCUAUGAUUGUGAGUCAAUAAGGGCCAGAAAAAGUUCCCGUUUCACUCAAUGCUGGUAAUUCUUUGCUACAUAUAUUUGCUAUUCAGAUAGGCAGAUAGUUUUAUUUGGUGUUUUAUGUUAGAAUCAUUAGAUCUUAUUGAUACUAUAUUUAAUUUAGUACUUUAAUGAAGCAUAUUUGAUUAAGUCAGUUAAAAUCACAGAUAAUUAUUCUAUUUUUAUACAAUGGUGUAUUGAUUUUAACAAAAGAUGAAUUGUCCUAAAUAUCUACCCCUUUUAUAAUGCCAGGAUGUCAUGUGAGCUAAAUAUAGUUGAGGAACAUCACACUCUUGUGAAUAUUGAUCUAAUGUAGGGGCAUUGAUCAGCUGAUUCAGCAAAAGGUCUGUCUUGAUGUAUGCAGUCACUGAGUUUCUAGGUGAGGGUGCAGUGUACCUAGUGAUGAUGAAACAUGUACAUUCUGUUUUGAUAACUUCCUGGUGCAGAUAAUUUUAUAUAAUUUAACUGCUUCAUUCCAUACCAAAUCCAUCUAAAUCUUGUGUGCUUUUGUAUAUAUAUGUUUAGGUAUAUAUGAUACACAUAUCUUGAUUUAGUUGUGUUUAUAAAACAAAAGCAUUAUGUUAAAACAAGUGAUGGUCUGAUGCAUUUGGUUGCAUUCUAUACUUUGAUAUGUAAUACUAUUGUAGAAGGUUGCUACUUUGCACUUUAUACUGUGAUAAGCUAUUGUAAUGAUGAAGUGGAAGGUUACUGAUUUACACUUUAUACUGUGAUAGACUGUUGUAAUGAUGAAGUAGAAGGUUGCUGAUUUACACUUUAUACUGUGAUAGACUGUUGUAAUGAUGAAGUGGAAGGUUACUGAUUUACACUUAAUACUGUGAUAGACUGUUGUAAUGAUGAAGUAGAAGGUUACUGAUUUACACUUAAUACUGUGAUAGGCUGUUGUAAUGAUGAAGUAGAAGGUUACUGAUUUACACUUUAUACUGUGAUAAGCUGUUGUAAUGAUGAAGUAGAGGGUUACUGAUUUACACUUUAUACUGUGAUAGGCUGUUGUAAUGAUGAAGUAGAAGGUUGCUGAUUUACACUUUAUACUGUGAUAGGCUGUUGUAAUGAUGAAGUAGAAGGUUACUGAUUUACACUUUAUACUGUGAUAGACUGUUGUAAUGAUGAAGUGGAAGGUUACUGAUUUACACUUAAUACUGUGAUAGGCUGUUGUAAUGAUGAAGUAGAAGGUUACUGAUUUACACUUUAUACUGUGAUAGGCUGUUGUAAUGAUGAAGUAGAAGGUUACUGAUUUACACUUUAUACUGUGAUAAGCUGUUGUAAUGAUGAAGUAGAAGGUUACUGAUUUACACUUUAUACUGUGAUAGGCUGUUGUAAUGAUGAAGUAGAAGGUUGCUGAUUUACACUUAAUACUGUGAUAGGCUGUUGUAAUGAUGAAGUAGAAGGUUGCUGAAUUGGCAGAGAAUCUGGCAUCUGGUCUUCACUACAUAAUUAAUACAUAUUACACACAGAAAGCCUAAUUAGAUCUGUCAAUGAACUACAAGUGUUCUUUUUUUGAGCUGGGUUCAGUGUAUCUUUGUUGCACUGGAAUACCAAGAUGAAUGUUCUGCUGCAGUUUUCACGGCUGCACUCCACUGCAAGGUAGUACUGGUUUUGUUUUUAGAUUGCAUUAUAAGUUCUGUGUUCCUGAGGGUUAUUUUGACAAAAUCGAGAUAAAAAAAAAAAUGUGUAUUAUAUAUAUUUUGUGAUGCAGAUUUAUAUAUUAAUGAUGAUAAUACAUGUUAAUGAUUAAUAAUUGAUAAUAAUGGCUGUCAUAUGAAUAAUUUCCCCAUUAGAAUUAGAAUGAACAAUCCCAAGGAGAGAUCACUCCUGAGGGCUUAACCAUAUCUUCUCUCACACACACAUGGCAGGUGUGACCGGUCAAAAGGGGAUGCUCUCUCCUGGGUGCCUCAUCUCACCCUCUGGUGGUGCAUCCAGAGGUCCAUGUUUGAAUGGCCUUUCAUUUACAUUUUUAGCAUUCAAUAAAACUUGUUCAUUUCUCCUAAAGAAGGUACUGGUUUACAAGGUCAUCUCUAAGAUUUAUUGAAUUGUUCAUGUCGUUGGUCAUAUUAGUGUGUGUGUGUGUGUGUGUGUGUGUAUAUAUAUAUAUAUAUAUAUAUAAAUUUUGUAUACAUUUGUACAUAUAUUAUAUUAAUAUAUAUAUGUGUAUGUAUUAUAAAAACUCUAAACACUUUCUUUUUAACCCCUACUUUUUUAACAGUAAAACAUUUUCCUUACUGUACUAGUAACUGUUUGUUAAAAAAAAUUUGUGAACAUGCAGUGAAAGGUUACAAUACUGCAGCUCUUAGGAAGAACCCAGUUUGAAUGCUAAUUAACUGAAGUGAAGAGGGAUGUACACAGAAGAUGGGAAACAGCAGUAUUUUAUUUGCUUUUGUUAAGAAGCAAAUUGAUGGUAUCUGUAUAGGAACAAGAUUUUCUGUUUGUGGUAUAAUUGUUUUUAUCUUAUCAAAACUCGUUGAAAGCAGGAUAUGGCUAUUUAAGAUUAGGUUGGUGCAUACAUUAGGUUUCACCUUCAUUUUAAGUGUUUAUCUGUUUUAAAAGUGUCGAAAACACAGGUAGAUCCCAUCAUGAAUUGUAAUUUGAUCGUUACCAGACAAGGUGAUAACCACUGCUUUAUAAAUCCAUCAAGUUUUUGAAUUUUCCCGAGAAUUCAGGUUUUUCCAUUCAUAUAUGAUAUGGGGGCAAAGAUGCAAAAUUCCUUUUUAGUUUUUUGUAUUUAGCAUUGUAUAGGUAAUUGGAGCAUGACAUCUUGGGAAGUUUGAAACUUAUUUUGAAUGAACAAUUUUUAACAGUGGCUUUAUUAUUCAUAAAAAUGCAGAAUUGUGUUACAUAAAAGAUUAGAGGACUAGCUACAGACUGUUCCAAUUUAAAGUAAAUUUCAACAGGUAAUUCUUAGAAUUACAUAUAUAUACAUAAUAUGUACUGAGUAUUGAUAAUUGUCUCCCCUAAUUCCAGAAGGGGGACACGUUGUUUUAGUGUGAAUUUUUCUUCUUCCGCUUCUCAUACAAAGUUUGUCUGGGCCAUAUCUUUUUUGUUUUUUGACAUAGACCUUUGAUAUUUGGUAUGUAGGUAAACCAUGAUAAAACAGUGUGUCAUUUGCCAUUUUUGAUGACCUUUGACCUUUUAUGUAAAGGUCAAAUAAUAGAAUUAUUGGGGCAUUUUUGUUGUCUGGACCAUAACUUUUUCAUCUUUUGACAUAGGCCUUUGCUAUUUAAUAUGUGGGUAAACCAUAAUAUGGCAGUGUGUCACAAGCCAUUUUUAAUGACCUCUGACCUUGACCUAUUAUAUAAAGGUCCAAUGAUAGAAUUUGGGUUUUUUUUUUGUCUGGACCAUAACUUUUUUGUCUUUUGACAUAGGCCUUUCAUAUUUGGUAUGUUGGUAAGUUUGAUUUACUAUCUUAUGUUCACAAUACUGUUGGUUGAAGCUUUUAUGUACCGUAACUCUUAACUUUCCACAUUAAGGAUGAUCCCAAGAAAUGUUUUUUUUAAAAAAUAUGGAAAAUGGAAGGGGAAACAUCAGUUUUAGUGUGCUACAAUAAUUCUUCCUAUUUUAAAAAGAAAAGUUAAUAGAUUUCUGUAGCAUUGUUUUUGCAUUUGCACACACAUUUCAAUUAUAUGUUUAGCAGCAUAACUCUAAGUCAGGUGGAUGGGAAGAAUAUUGAAUUAUCUGUACGUGCAGGUGUCUGAUCCUGCACACAUAUAAAGUGAUAGGUAUUUAUGUGCCACAUCCAUCUUGACAUGGGACCUUAGUUAUAGGUUUAUUUGGUCUCAGGCGCUGGAAUAGCUAAUUUCCAUGAUUCAUUGUUCAAACCGCCAACCUGUUAGGAUGAGGGGCCUAUAUAUUUUACGAAAGACUAACUAUUAAAAUUAUUUUCUUUAAUUGGUCAAAAAUGUUUCCAUUUCUGUGUAAAAUUUGUGAAUAUAUGGUUGUUCGCACAUCAGUUGUUUAUUUUCUUGGUGUUGCCAUAGAUUUAAAUUUGAAAAAAUAAACUGCAAAAAUUAUAUGUGGUUGUAAGAACUUUUGUAAUGGGCCCUUGCUCCUUAGCAUAGAAGAAAUUGCCCUAACUGAUGUGCUGCAAGGGUGACAACUGGUAAUCUAGCUACCACUAUAUACAGCAUUGAAAGUUGUUAAAGGUAUAGGUAAAAUAGCAACACCAGCUGGUGUCACUGAUUUCCCGCUUCGAUCUGCUCUGACUCUCCUGCACAUGUUACAAUGUAAAGCAGUGGUAAGAGUUAGGAAUCUCAGAUUAUCACUAUAGUAUCUAAGUAUUAUUUUCCAUUGCUAUGCUGAAAAAUCUAUUGGUUGAAAUCAUAUUAUAAAAUGUAAUCCAUAUUUUAAAAUUAUUAUUUAUUGUAAUUCUAUUGGUUGAAAUGAUACCACAUAAUUAGAGAAUAUACGUACUGUAUAUCAUAUGCUACAAUAUAAUUGUAUACUUCAUGUUUCUUAAAAUAGGUGUGAAGAAUAGUAUAGUAUGUUACGAUGAUAUUAUAAACCCCAUGUUUCCAUGUAAUAGAUCUGAAGAAAAAUUAGAAAGCAAUUGUAGUGUGUUAAAUUGAUGGGUCAAAUUAUGAUUUUAAUAUACUUACAACCAAGAGCACAAUGUUGAUGGCGGCCUGGAAGACAAAAUAGUGUACAUGCUGAUAGUAUAAGUUGUAAGUCACAUUAUAUCUACAUAAACAUUAUCUACAACUUGUACGUGUAAUUUCACAAGAUCAGCCAUACACAAAAAUUUGGUUCUCACCAAUUAACUUUUACAUAUAGGAGAUUUAAGCAAUGAAUAAUGAUUUGCAAAAAUAAUGUCUCGUGAAUAAAUACAUCAUUUUAUCCAUGCAAAAAUAAAGUCUCGGGAAAGGAAAGUGAUCUACAGUAAAUCAUUUGUUUGAUCACAAUCUGACAGACAGACGGAUUGACAGACUUACAACUAUAGGCCGGAGUUUCAGCAGGUAAAAUGGUGUACCAUUCAGUGCAGUGGUAAUAGAGAGGCAAACAGAUGGCAAACAGAUGACUUUCUUGAGAUAGCCAGUAUAUGUGGUCAAACUUUUAUUGAUAAUGACUAGAGGAUUAAUUCUGCACUCUUUUGUUGAUGAAUAGGUGGAAUAAGUAUUACUGUAAUAAGCCAGUACAAUCCUAUAAUAGUUUACAAGGUUCUGAAAUUAACCAAUAUUAAUACACCCAGAAUAUUAUUGACUGAACAUACUCAUUUUUUCAGUGUGAUCUUUUGUAUUAUUAUUUGUGUAAUGUAGAAAAAGAGGACUGCUGAGUUAAUGCUUCUAUAAAUAAAGAUGAUCUCCUUUGUGAAUGAGUGUCUUUAUUUAUGUCAGAAAUAAGAGAAGUUUCUCACCAUUACAGGCUAUUUAUGGGGACGGACAGUGACACAGAUAUUAAUGAUUCUGCCCCACUGUCAUAUGUGAAGCAUUGUUUUUCUCUUUUUUUAAUAUAUAUCUCCAGGGAAAAGCAUUUUAAUUGGAGUGGAAAAUAUUUAAUUAAUCUUUCAAGGUAAGGUAACUCGCAUAUCUGUGUAUAGGCUUAUUACAAAGAUCCUAAUUUGUAAACAGGACAGAAUAGGCUUUAAAUUCUUAAAACGUGGUCCUUGGCCGCCAGUGAAACAUCAAAACAAAAACCAGCCCACUGAAAUAAGCCAAUCAGAUGUUAGCAAACAGAUAUAAAGAGUAAUUUACAUAUCAAUAUAGACACACCACUUCUAGUAAAAGCACGUGUUUCCUCUUCAGAGCGGUUUUAGUCAUAUUUAUAUUUCACCACUCCGUGUCAAUAUAUCACACUGUAGUUAAGGUUUGGAAUGACUUAGUUUACCUUUAUAUCUAUACAUAAUGGGUGUCUUUUGAAGAGGGCAUCCCUGGGUCAGGUGAUAGGAAAUGAUCAGCUGUUGUGAUGACUUGUAUGUUACCUGUGUGACAAAACAGACCACAUUAUUGGUGUCAUGUGCAAAUAGCUGAAAAAAAAGAAAUGAUGUGAUUUUCACAAAUUAUACAAGUGAACUUUUUCUGUUACAACUUUUUAUAUACUUUAUUUUUUUGGUGAGAAUUUGCCAGAAGUUGGAGUGUUUUUGAAUCUAAAUUUAUACAGUGCUUCAGGGACCGCCUGUCUCCAGCUCAGAGCUUCAUGUAGUACCUGAAAUAUAGUUGAUUUAAGAUUUCAUGGUAUCUGAAUACUAAUUAAUUCAGUGACCUUAAUUACAAACUGGGGAAAAAUCCUCCGAAUGCUGAAGGUUAAAUCGACUCUGAAGAUGGCAUCAGGAGUGUUGUUUGUUGUCAAUUUCUGGUAAGCUAUUCACGUCAUUGAUUUCUAAUAUAUAAAGAUGUUAUUUACAAGUGUCUUUGAAAAUUGAUGAUUUACACCCUUUUGUGACCUGUAUAUAUAUGCAAAUAAUUUGAUUUAUUGGAAUCGGAAUCUAUAAUGUGUUAUGCAUCAGCUGUUUAUAUAUAUAUUAUGUAGGCAAUAAUACUGUCUUACGUUGGAAACUGAAGAAUUUUAAGUUAAAAAUAUUUGACUUUUAAAAGAAUUAUAAGACUUCACAAUAUGAGUAAAAUUAUAAAGUACAGGGAUAUGGUAUUAGGUCAGUUCUGUUCUACACAGCAUCAGUAAUUUUUAAAGUACAAGGACGUAAUUUUACAUAAUGUGUUGGUGAUCAGUCUAGAAUUCAUGAUUACUGUAGAUUUAUUAUUUCCUUUAGGUGUUGACAACAUUUUCUGAGUUACUACUGUAAAACAAUCCUGAAAAUACUCAAACUGUGCAGUAGCAUUUCCAUGUACAGAAUCAGUUCUUUGUUUUCUAUAUAAAAGAAGCUAGGCUAUACAUUAAUCACGGGCUGUUCUUCAUUAGUGCUAUUGUUCUAUACUCCCAGCUGAUAGCAGAUUAUACAGGUAUCACAUGGCAUUGGGAAAGUUCCAAUAGUGGCCAGUAUCAGUGGACACUGAUUAAUACUAUAGCCUUGUCCUUACUGUACUAGUAACUGUUCAUUAAGUCACAUGUCAGCUGACCAUUACUGGCUUCCAGUCGCCUAGGGAAAAUCUUUGAUAAUGUACAGAUGAGUGUAAUCUAAAUGUCAUCUGACUGAGAAAGUAGAUAGUACAGAGGUUAGAUCAAUGAUUGCUGGCAAUGUGUGUAGCCAUUUUAUAGUACAGUUGUGUACACUUUUAUAGUACAGUUGUGUACGUGGGGGUUAUGCUUCACACCUGCAGUCUAUUAUUUAUAUAGUUAUUGACUUAAAGAUUUAACCACUGUAAUUCCAUUUCCUCGUAUCUCUUUCCUUACAUGGUUGUAAGAAGCAAGCUUGAAUUCUAUAGUCAGGCAAAGUAGUCUUAAGUAGGGCGAUAAAAGUCCAGUAGUAACAGUAAUAUUAAGUCAGAAUAGUCCAAUAGUAGGGCGAUAAAAGUCCAGUAAUGAGUCAGAAUAGUCUAAAAGUUGGGCAAUAAAAGUCCAUGCAUUAAUAAGUCAGAAUAGUCCAAUAGUAGGGCAAUAAAAGUCCAGUAAUAACAGUAAUAAGUCAGAAUAGUCCAAUAGUAGGGCGAUAAAAGUCCAGUAAUAAGUCAGAAUAGUCCAAUAGUAGGGCGAUAAAAGUCCAGUAAUAAGUCAGAAUAGUCCAAUAGUAGGGCAAUAAAAGUCCAGUAAUAAGUCAGAAUAGUCCAAUAGUAGGGCGAUAAAAGUCCAGUAAUAAGUCAGAAUAGUCCAAUAGUAGGGCGAUAAAAGUCCAGUAAUAAGUCAGAAUAGUCCAAUAGUAGGGCAAUAAAAGUCCAGUAAUAACAGUAAUAAGUCAGAAUUCCAAUAUUAGGGCAAUAAAAGUCCAAUAAUAAGUCAGAAUAGUCCAAUAGGAAGCAAUAUUUUACUAAGUCCAGUAGUAAUGUUUAAUAGCAGAACUUUACAUGUGGUGUAAAAAGGGGGAUUUACAAAAGUUAUUUUAAAAGGAGUUCACCAUUUGAGGACGGGUGAGGGCAGUCAUUUUUCUUUACCAGUUUGGAAUGGUAAUGAUACGAGAGCAGUUGUGAAAAAUGUGUGUCUAAAUUAUUGUUGAAAUUUCAUCUAUUUCUGUUGUCAGUGAAAUGAACAUUCUAAAAACACAAUAAAAAUUCAUGAUGUCACAAUGAUGAAAUUGUUUGAGAGACUUUAGCAGUACUUUGGAUUUAUGGUAUUAAGGUUGAUAGGUACCCAGCUGGAAGCAGAGAGGUCGAAGCAGAGGCUUAAUAAGAUUCCAAUUAAGAUGAAUCUAAAUUUAGAAGUAAUUUGUAAAACUAUUUAUAGAAGUUGGUGAGGUCAAAGAGAUUUAUUGUAUGUUUAAUCAGUAACCACGCUUAAAUCAAUAUUUGUUUAAAACUAGAAAGUGAAAGUCACCGAUACUGACAGUUACAUAAGAUAGAGAAAAAUAGAUUGUGUAAAACACGAGGAUCAAAGGAAGUCCAAGUUUGCACAUUCAUCAAUGAGUAAUGUUUCCUUGAAACUUGUUGAGGUUUUGUAAAAUAGAAUGUUGACAAUCGUGAUUCAUUUGUGAACAAAAUCAGGAAGGGUUGUCUUCAUGCACUAUCAGCUGAUGCUCUCAGUGGGGUACUACCAGCUGGGGGGUGGGGCACUAUCAGCUGAUGCUCUGGGGGUGAGGGGUUGUUGGAACCAUAAACUAAACUGCACACAUAUAUAAUUAUAUCUAUGCAGUCUUAUGACAGGCUGGAGUGCACAGGUUUAAUACUGUAUAAGACCUAUAUAUUCAGCCCCUGACACAAGGUCUUAAAAAUAUGAUGCAUUCACAAAAUGUCAGUGACUGGAUGAUUGAUUAUGUUACAUACCAUACACAUACAUGUAUAUUAUAGUAAGGUCUUUGUUGAACAAUGAAUGAAAUUUUUAUGGAUUUUGAUUAUUGAAUUAUUUUACUAAGCUCUGUAAUGGUGUAAAUUUCUUGUGAGAGGAUUAAGAAUGACACAUGCCAUAUGGCAUUGUUUGAAAACAAAUGUUUCCUGAGUAGUAAUUUGUAAGAAUGAUAAUUAUUCAUUAUGAAAUGUUGAAGACAUAUAUUGCAUUUGUCAUAACCAUGUCUAUUUUAAAAUAACAUAGAUUUACAGGCAGGUAUGAAUCAUUCUUUGGUGGAGUUGACAUUGGUUUAAAUGACGUUCCUAUCAUUGUACAAAUAAGCUGUAUUUUCUUCAUUUAAUCUGAUUGGAACGACACACAUUGCUUUUUAUAAAUGUUGGCUUAGUCAUGACUGCAUAGUAACAUUGCAUUUUGUUGAAAGAGGAAGGUAGAACACAUUUUGUCUAUGUAGUAAAAUUUGACCAACAAUCAGUAAUUGGAACUUAAAACUCUGGAGUCACGACACGGAAAACAAUUGCACCAGACAUGCUCAAAUCGUUUGAAAAGGCUUAGAUGUAAUAGAUUUAAAUGGCAGGUUACUACUAAGGUUUCUUGAUUUAUGACACAUAUAUGGUGGUUAUAUAUGUAAACCUGGAUGCUGCAUAGUACAGAUUAAUAAACCACAUUGUUAGUACUAGUGUCAUGACGAGUUUAGUGGUCAAGAGUGAAACGGCCAGCACUAGGUCGAAUUGGUGUCCUCAGGCAAGCCUGGAAUUGGCAGUCACUCCAGUACAAAGCUCAAAGCUGUCACGUGGCCUGGUGGUCAGUUAGGUGCUGCGUAAAAUGCUUACACAGCUAUAUCACUCCUAUUGCCAAAUGACCAUAUGUAUAUAAAUAUAUAUGUCAUUGACAAAUGGCUUAACAUGUUUUUUGUGACUGCAGAAAGAUGUCUGCAGUAAAUGAUUACUAUAAGGCGCGUGAGUGGACUCUGUAAAGUUUGACAGGAGUAUGGUAUUAUGUUUGUCUAUUGUCUCAGAGGAAGAUAAUAAUUAUCUAUAAACCUAGAAUUGUUAAACUCUAGAGCCAUUGAUAGUCAGAUAAGACUGGGAUCAUUGAUAUAACAGGCUAGGUCAUCUGACUUAUUUAUACAAUUAGCACUCACAGGGGUGCAAGUCCUCUCUUCUAGCUUACAUAACCGUAGAAACAAUGAAAAAAGAGGUACCCGUGUUGCCAAUAUGCUGUGAUUGUUAAAAUUCUUCAAGGUCAGGUGUCUCAAAUCACGUACACAAGUUUGUGUCUUGCAAUUAUUUUAUGCAGUGACGCUAGAGGUGUUUUUCGAUCAUUAAAUGGUUAUAGAUACCCUAUUUUCUGCUUCAGUUGUGUGAUAAAAUCGUAGGAAUUAAUUGUCUGUUUUCACCACUUUCCUUUCGUUUAUCAAAUUUUCGGUCACUCACCCAGACUUUGUAAAAUUGAACGUGGCACUGCUCUGUCAAUUUUCACUCCAUCUGUCUUGAAAAAGUAGCUUAUUGUUGUGUAUGUGUUUUAAAUUUUGUGCUUUUAAGUUGACUGAUGAGCAAAAUUGUUAUCUGUUAAGGUGAACCUGUGAUUAGUUUUGGCAUUUUUGUUAGUUAAGAUUCUGGAUAGUGGUUAUGCAAUCUAAUGUGAUAGUACCAAAAAAAAAGAAGUAAAAAAUAGAACUGAUUUUGAUAUGGCAGUCUAUCUGGUCUAGUCAUUAGUACAUGUCUAUGAUACUUUAUUUAAUAUCACAGCUCUUGCAAAUCAAUAGUUAUAACAUUUGAUACAAGACCAGGAUGACAAUUUGUACUUCAUUGUACUUGAGACAUAUCCUACUUUGUUAACAUCUCCUGUCCAGGGUAUAAAAUUGUCUAUAUAGCUCACUCUAUCCUGUAUUCAGCUGCAAGGCUGUCUGCAAAUGAUGCAAAGUCCACAAACAGCACAAAGGAAUGUUUAAAUAGUCUGUUUUCUGAUUCAAUAUCAGUGACAAAAGGACAGCUGUGAUGUAUCAGUGAUUGAAGCCUCCAUUUUACUGUAACCUACCUGGAGGCUGGGAGAAUUGCAAAGGGAGGGAUAUUGCACAUCAGUCUCGUAUUCUGCAUUGUUAGUCGCUGUAAGAUUAUUGGUGGAUUGUAAUGUGUUUAGAUUUGCUGUAUUCAGUGUUGCAUCAGAUUCCUGCUCAGAGGAGACGUGGGAUGGGGUUAAAACACAGGUGAGAUACAAUUAACUUGUGUAAUAAUCUGAAACAUGGAUUAUCAUUCUGCCAUGAAGUUGAAAGCUUUAUUUCUUAAAAAACAAGUUCCAAAAAAAAAAACCUGUCAAAGGUUAAAUAAGUUGAGUUAUGUUGGUUGUAUCUUUUUUGCUUAUUUACUACCCUGCUUUAAAUGUAUUGCGUCGUUGUGCUUUUGAUACUUGUUGGGUAUUUCAACAGGAUCUGAGUGCAUUGUUCAAAUUCCCGACCUUUGCUGUAUAAAUGAUUGGUGUAAUUUUCACAAUCUUGUUUAUGUUGUACCCGGAUACACUGACAGUAAAUAAAGGGUUAAUAUAGGUAGCGGGUGCACUCGACUUCACAGCUAAAAAUGAGGGAAAAGCGACACAGGAAAGGCAGACGGAAGGACAAGGACUCGCCCACGCCCCCAGCCCCUGAGGAAAGCAAGCGGUACUUGGAGGACACCUGUAUAAAGGAACGUGUGACAGAUGCCGAUUUCUUCCGACUGGUAUCACUUCCACACAGUCUAGAUUACAACGAGUGGCUAGCAACACAUGCAAUCUCAUUUUUCAACCAUGUGAACCUUGUAUAUGGUGUGGUGUCUGAGUACUGUACCUCAGAGGUAUGCAGCACAAUGAUGGGGCCAGGGAAUGUGCAAUUUUUGUGGUAUGAUGACAAAGGGAAGAAAUACAAGUACAGUGCCCCUCAGUAUGUGGACAUAGUGACCACGAACAUCCAGAGGGAGAUCUCCGAUGAAACAGUCUUUCCUACAAAGUUUGGACAAACUUUUCCCAAUACGUUUGAGUCCACAGUGAAGAAGAUCCACAGAUAUUUGUUCCAGGUUUUAGCCCAUAUAUACCAUGUACAUUAUAGUGAUUUUGUGACACUACAGAUGCACGGGCAUUUAAACAGCCUGUUUACUCAUUUCAUGGUGUUCAAUAUCAAAUUCGACCUUCUGGAGGAGAAAGACUAUGAAGUAGUCCAGGACUUAAUGAAGGGACUGAUUCAGCUCCUCCCAGACCCGAAUCAAAAUGAGGGCAAAGAAAACAGUGUGCCCUCUUCAGACAAGGACAGUAACUGUGUCAACAUGGAAGUGUCUCCGACACACAUAUAACAUGUGAUAUGUAGAUACAUUGUACUAUUUGUGGUGUGUAUUUCUAAGGUCGUUGUAUGUUACCACUUCAGAAGGUUUUCAAAUGCCUUGCCUCUGGUGAGGUGUUCUGACAUUGUAGGGGGCGUGUCCAGUUAGUAAGCUAGGUGACACUUUGUUUAUGUAUGGUUUUAUUGUUCAUUGUUACAAAAAUAAGUGCAUGGACGUGUCUUUUUUCUUUGGAUAUCUACAACAUAUUCAAAAACUUACAAAAAAAAGAAAAUACCCUGUAGUGGUUUGGUCAUUGUUCAGACUUCAAUCUGAAAUUAUUUUUUUCUCUGAUUAAUCACAUAGUUUGUUUUUAUUUUCAAAAAUUUAGUACAUGUAAAAUGGCUUUCUUGUGAUUUGAAUUUGGCUGGGAUUGUUUUGGUGUUGAGGUUUAAAGAUCGGGGUCUUGGUUACUAUAUAUAGACAAGCGGUUUCCGUCCAUUUUAGCAGUAAUGGCUUACUUUAACAUAUAUGGUCUUGCAAUUUAAGCUUUUAUUUAAAGGCGGCAAGCUGGAAUUUUUUUCUUCAAUUGAUACCUCAAGGGUGAACAGGAUUUUAACUUAUAAUAUUCGGAAAGUGUUAACAUUUUUUCUGUGCCGGGUAGAUAUUGCUUUUGCACAUUAAGGAGAAAACACACCUUCAUAAUGGCUGACUUCCUUUCGAAUCACAUAUGUAUGAAUUAUUUUCCUUUUAUUACCUAGCUGGUUAGUUCAGUGGGUUGGCAGCUGGUGUUCUGUAGAUCAUGAAUUUUGAGUCCCACACCAGUUUUGAUUUUCCCCCAUUUGACUUCAUGAUAGUAUAGCAUUUCUUUUUAGAAUAAGUUCAAUUUCAAUUUUCAAUUUUUUGGUAUUUCCUAGCAGCAGCUUAUUUCAAAGCAUUCAUAGUAAUUUGGGACUGGGCUGAAACAGUACAGAUGAAUUUUAUACUGGGUUGAAACAGUACUUAGUUAUUUGAGACUGGGCUGAAACAGUACAAAUGAGUUUGGGACUGGGCUGAAACAGUACAAAUAAGUUUGGGACUGGGCUGAAACAGUACAAAUGAGUUUGGGACUGGGUUAAAACAGUACUUACUAGUUUGGGACUGGUUUUAAACAGCAUUUGAGUUAGUGACUAGGUUAAGGCAGUACAUUAGAGUUUUGAACGGGGUUACAACAGUAUACUGUAUACAGGUUAUUUUCACCUUUCUACACUUACAGAUGGUUUUGUUCCAUUUCAAAUUCACCUAGACACAGUUGUGUUAAAAGAGACAAAACAGUUUUGCCUAGUCUUGAAUUUGCCCACUGACGAGAAUGAAAAUAAAACAUGGGUGAAUAUUACUUUGUAUACAGUAUAGAAAUUUUGGACUGGGCUAACAGUUUGGGACUAGAUAAUGCUCUACUGGUUACUGCUGCAGUAAUGUGGCAGGUGCCUCCCCUUCAACUUUCAUUAUUUAAGGUUUGUGACCUUUUUCAAUCAAUACUCAAAAAUUUCUUUAAAAUAGACAUGUUUAUAAUUUGAUAUUUUCAAUAUUGAUUUGUUCUGGAGAUGGACAUUGAACUAAUGAUGCCAAAAUAGCUUGUGAAAAUACAACAAAUGUUUUGGAUGCACAUAGAUGGUGAAUCCUCCAUUGACCUUACAACACUGUCUUUCUUCCAGGAUCUCAUGCAGAUGUUUUGUGAUGUAGGUAGGAUUCUGUAUAUAGCUGUAGAGUGUCUUUGUAAUCUGUUACAGUGUUGACAUUGCAAGCUGGCCUUUGUAAGUUGUAUCUCAGAUGUUGGUGAUUGCUGGUGCGUAACGCAUUGUUAUUGUGACAAAAACAUUUGCAAGAUAUCAAGUAGCAAUUUAUUAUCUGAUUGUAAUUUUUAUAUCCAAUGUUUUUGUUAUUUAUGUAUGACACACAUAUUCAGAUGACUGGUUUAUGUUGUGGAGAAUUGUUGUGAAGUACCUUCUGCUGGCUUCCAGUUCUUGGGGGAAAAUUUUGAAAAUGGGUUUCAUUUACAUUGCUGUAAAAAUAGCAAAAUUAAAUUUUGCUUAUAACUUGGUGCCCGCUUUAUUCUUACACUGAUAAAUGUUUUGCAGGAUAUGAAUUAAUUUGCCCUUUAAUAUUUUUUUGUUUUAAAUGUUUUUUUUUUUGGUUUGCUCCUGUAGAUGUUUAAAGUUUCCUUGAUCCUGUAAAGUGGGACAAAAUUAUGGAAGACUAAAGACCUGUGAUGUUUAUGUUUCCUGAGAUUAAGUUUCAAUCAGGAAGAUAUUAAAUUCAGAAUGUGUGUCGUGAAAGGAAUUUCUAAACCAUAUUCUGAUAUCUGCAUACCAAAAAGAAACAUAUAUACUACAAAACGUGCUGUUGUUCAUUGUUCAAUUGUAUUUUGUGUGGGAUUUUUUUUUUAAUGUAAAAGCUUUUUAAACACUCUAGCAUAAAACUGUGUGCAUACAAAACACCAAUGUCAUCAUGUAAGCACAGGUUUCCAUAGAGAACAGUAAUUGUGGUAAUUACAUUCUCAGUGAUAUUGAUUAGGCUUUUAAUGAAAGACAUAGUCACUAAUCCUUUGUAAAACUGGUUCAUAAAUUUAAUCAUUUGCGUGUCAGGUUCUUGCAAUAAGUUACUCUAAAUAUAUGCCCAUACUACAUUGUCAGUGGAUAAUUCUCUGAAAGUGCGUGACCCUAACUGCUUUCUUCUGGCUCUGUAGGUUACAACAGUGGGAAAGAGUGGCUGGUUAUUGUUUUAUUAGCUAGAUCUUCUGCAGGGGUUGCAUUUACCCCGUUUAUUUCAUAUCUUUAAAUACUGCAUAUUUCGCCUUGUUCUAGGUUAGAGACUAUGCCUUUAAGAAAUUGCCUGAUAAAGAAUUAUUGUAUAGGUCGUAAAGAUUUAUUUUAUUGAUGAUAAUGUGGAAUUCAAGGAAGAGGAGAUUUUAUUACAUAUACUUGUUGUUGACUAAUAGAGUACCAAAUAAUCAAGAGAAUAUAAAGAUAUAUCGGUAUAUACAGUAUGUUAGAACUUCCAGUGGGUAAAUUUAUGUAUAUUGUAUAUUUAUUUUUGCUAUCAUCUGGGUUUUCCAAUAUGUGUGUGUACAUUCCUACACCAAAUUCCAGGUUCUACCCAACAGAUCACUUGUUAAUGAAAAUUGACAUGUCAUUGUGAGAAUUUAUUAAUUAUGUUAUUUCCUUUUCUUUAAAAAAAAAAGUGUGUAAAAAUGUACAAUGUUUAGUUUUUCUAAAAAGUUUUUUUUACCUAAAUACAUGUAUUAAGCUUUUUAAAAAUGUUUUUUUAAAGGUCAGUUAUUAUUACAUUGUCAAGGGAUGGAAGCUUUUUUUUAAAACUACAUGUAGGAACUAUAUUUUUGGCCAUUCAAAUCAUAAAAGAAGAUAAAUCUUUUUCUUUUUUUUAAUUUUAAUUCAUUGUUGCUACUACAUCCAUCUGCAUUAUGAAUUAACAAAAAGACAGCAGUUCAUUUAUGUUAAUCACAGAUAAAUUAGCUAAUUUGAAGUGGUAAGGAUAUAUACUUUUAGAUGCUGGUGACUGAAAACAAAAAACCACAAAAAACUAGCUGAAAUCUGUGUACUAUACUAUUCACAAGUCCUGAUAAUUGUGUAUUCACUUUUGCAGGUGUUGAACACAUUUCCCCAUGGUAUUGAUUUGAAUGCUAAACCUGCAGUGAUGCUAUUUGCAUGUAUACAUUUUUCGGGGAAAUGCUCUGACGAUUAGUGCAGACAUUGUAGAAUGUACUUUUCCAUAUAGAUGGAAAGACAAUAAAUGUAGAUGGAUGAAAUUUUCAGUUAGGAUUCUUGUUCGAUAUACAUACAUGAAUGUAGGGUGCUCACUGAACUUUAGACUAUAAGGUGAAACUAAACGGUCAGGUCUUUAUCCUAAGAACUGGUUUCUCCGGAUACCAAAGAAUAUCAUUCUCUAGCUGUAACGACGGCCCUAUUUUCAGUUUUGAUACCUAAUAUUAUGUGUCAAGUGGGCAAAAUGUAUUUUUAAAAGUGCCAAAUGCAUUCAAUGACAUGCAAGCAAACAUUCAACAUUUAAUGGAGAAGGAUUUGUCAUUUUAAAAGUGAUGUAAUUUUUUCCUUUAGAAUGUAUGGUAAUGAAACAUAAAGACAAAUUGUUAAUCCAUUUUCAAGCCUCAUUUUAUUUUUUUGAAUUUUACGAGUUUCUUUUUGAGCAGGAAUAAUACUCAGUGUUAUGAUGCAUCAACAGAGUGUAAGGUUUGAAUGUUUGUUUAAAGACAGAAAAAAACAACUUAGAAAAUAUCUUGCAUGCCAGGCUUAAAAGAAAACAUUAUAUCUUCAAAAUAAUGUGUUAUAUGAAAUCCAAAUGGUAGUGCUCAUCCAUUUUUCUUUUAUCGUUUUAUUUAGAAUUUAUUUUCUCCUUAGCAAAACAAAUAUGUAAAAGCCCUUCCAUCUUUUCUGUAGAUAAUAAGUUUUCCUUAAAAUUUCUCAUUUUUACAAAUCAAAAGACGUGUUAUUUUUGUUCCUAUAUUGUUACUCAAAGUAUGAAAUGUUAUGUUCUAGUCCAAAUCGUGUUGCAUAACAGAAUUUUUGUGCUUUAAGUGUGCUUACUGGAGUUCAGUUUGUUUUAAACUUGCACUUACAGAAUCGAAAAGAUGUGUCAUUCUGUUCACGUGUUAGGGAUAGCCAUAGUUAAAAUACGUGAACACCGGAUGUUAAUUGUUAGUGUCACAUACACUCACAAUCCUAAACUAAUGGAGAUGUUGUAUAGAACAAUUUGUGUGCAAUAAACUGUUACAUUUGAUGCUAAAUAGUAGGUAGAAGUUAUCUACCCAAUAAAUGUGAAAUAUGGUG